AUGUUUUCCGAUAGUGUCGCGGUUAAUAAAGCCGCCGCUAUAACUCAAGCUGACCUCCUAUACGUUUGGGGCAACACUUUAUCGCCUUGCUUCCUCUUUGGUGACCCCCAGCAGCUUCCCCUUACGGUCAUGAUGCUUACCGAGAUAUGGUCUAAGUCAGAGGUGGAUUACAUUAACCAUUUCGCGCUUGAUUUAAGGAUCUCUGCUCUGGAGUACCUUCAGGCUGGUGGCAUCCCGGUAUACCGCCUCAAGAUGCAGCUGCAAAUAGGCAUAGGCAUGUUUGAUACAGUUUCGAGUAUCAUAUACCCUGAUGUGCCAUUCACCUACGAUCCGUCUCGCGCGAUCAACAUCAACUUCUCGGACUUUAACGUUAGCCGUGACUUGGAGUCUUUUGCUCUGGAGAGGUACCCCGCCCUCACUCCUGCUCCCAAGGAUACCCUCAAGCCAUUCUUCAUUUACUGUGAAGGUGGCAGGGUCAUUCAGGAUGAGAUGUCGGGCUCCAAGCGCAGCUUCGACCAGGUUCAAGUAGCGACGGACUUUAUCGUCGACUUUGUUGCUGUCAAGAAGGUCCCCGUUGCUCCCUAUGCAGCCAAUGUCGAUCUCAUUAACGGCCUGUUGAAGCGGUCUAAGUACAUCUCCUUGCAGGGGAUGCCGAAGCCCUCAACUAUCGACUCGUUCCAAGGUCAAGAGAACGACAUCAUCAUCGGAGUCAUGGGUACCGAUGAGAUCGUCGGUCCUGGGUUUACUGCCGCUACUAAUCGGCUCAACGUCACGCUCACUCGGGCGAAGUGUGGGUUGGUCCUGGUCGGCAACAUCUAUGUCGCCCAAGCGGUUCCUGACCCGAAGAAGGUUGCUGCUGAGGCCAAGGCCAAGGCUCUCGCUGAGGAGGAGGCAUAG